UGUUGUUUAAUUUUCCUCUCGGAAGGUCUGUUUGUUUCCUAGGGAUUUUUGAAGAGACAAAGAUAUGUCGUUUGAUCUUCUGCUGAAGCCAACGUGUAGCGGUUGCGGAUCGACUUCGGAUUUGUAUGGAAGCAACUGCAAGCACCUGACUCUGUGUGUUGGCUGUGGCAAGACCAUGGCCGAGAACAAGGGAAAAUGCUACGAGUGUGGUGCCAUCGUGUCUCGCUUGAUUCGGGAGUAUAAUGUGCGUGCAAGUCAUAGCAGCGACAAGAACUACUUCAUUGGUAGGUUUGUGACUGGGUUGCCAAACUUUUCAAAGAAGAAAAAUGCUGAGAAUAAAUGGGCUUUGCACAAAGAAGGAAUGCAAGGCCGCCAACUUACUGAUGCCUUGCGGGAGAAAUACAAGAACAAACCUUGGCUAUUGGAGGAUGAAACAGGCCAGUCUCAGUAUCAGGGUCAUCUUGAAGGUUCACAAUCAGCAACUUACUACCUACUGAUUUUGCAAGGAAAGGAGUUUGUUGCUAUUCCUGCUGGUUCUUGGUUUAACUUUAACAAGGUUGCACAAUAUAAGCAACUUACAUUGGAGGAAGCAGAAGAAAAAAUGAGGAACAGGAGGAAGACUGCUGAUGGGUAUCAGAGGUGGAUGAUGAAAGCUGCAAAUAAUGGACCUGCUGCAUUUGGUGAAGUGGAGAAGUUUGAUGACAAAGAGGGUGGUGCUGCUGGUGCGAAAGGACGGAAAAAGCCAACUGGUGAUGAAGACGAAGGUCAUGUCUCAGAUAGAGGGGAGGAAGAUGAAGAAGAGGAGGCAGCUAGAAAGAAUAGGCUUGGGCUCAAUAAAAGAGAUGGUGAUGAUGAUGAAGAAGGUCCAAGGGGAGGUGAUCUCGAUAUGGAUGAUGAUGAUGUUGAGAAAGGUGAUGACUGGGAGCAUGAAGAAAUAUUCACUGAUGAUGAUGAGGCUGUUGGUAAUGAUCCUGAGGAACGGGAAGAUCUGGCUCCUGAAGUUCCUGCUCCUCCAGAGAUCAAGCAGGAUGAUGAAGAUGAGGAUGAAGAGGAGGAAGGAGGACUGAGCAAGUCCGGAAAAGAGUUGAAGAAGCUGUUGGGGAAGGCUGGUGGACUUAAUGAUUCAGAUGUUGAGGAUGACGAUGACGAUGAUGAUGAGGUAAGUUUUGUGAUUCCCAAGGGAGAUAUUGUUUUAAUCAGUUAAGGCAAAGAUAUUAUUAAACUAAGUGGAGUACUAGAGGUUCCUAAGUACAAAGCAAAAACUUCCAAUUACAAAAAUAUCCUGAAAGGAUUCAAAAGUUAAGGCAAAUAGAAAGCUUCUUCCCAAGCAGAAAUCCAGGAGAAAGAAUAUGAACCUUUGCAAUAAUGUCUCCCACCACCUAAGGGAGGUCCUCAAAAUGAGUUUUUUUAGGAGCAAGCCUAAGAAGCCAAAUUGCUGCAGAAUAGCAGAUUAACCGCCAUCUUCUUUGGGCAGCAAGAUAUAAACCAGAUGAAGACUGAGUAAGAAUUCUACUGACUUUUUAAAAAACAAGACAGCAAAGAAUUCACUAUUUUUACUUUGAAUCAGCAAAGAACUCACUAUAUAAAUGAUGAAACCCGCAACUCCCUCGCAAAAUUUCAGUGUUGAAGAAGUGAUUGACUUCCUACUACUGAUUUUACAUCAAACUCCAAAUGAAAACCCAUACCUAAG